UUGCGGCAUGGAAACUGCACGUGAAAGCUCAAGAAUCAUGUUAGCAAAAGAAGUCGCGCACAUAAAUCACGUAGAGCCUCUAGGAGGCUAGGAAUAAGGUUUUUACAGAAAGUUUGAUCGAGUUAAAAACACUGAAAAAUAAGCUGUGAAUACAUAAGUAACAACUUAUUUCCACAGUAAGAAUGGGCCCUCGAAUUGACGAUGUGAUGAAGUUGUGUUGUGAGCUGUCUGCCAAUCAGCAGAUCAAGUCCACAGUAAAAGGUUCUGGGAAGGGAGCAGCAGCUGCAGGGGGACUCGCUUUCGCUGGAGGCUUGAUGGGUGGUCCCCUCGGUAUAGCUGUGGGUGGUGCUGUGGGUGGUCUCCUUGGCUGCUGGCUGACCAGUGGGCAGUUCAGACCGCUUCCACAGAUCAUAAUGGAGCUCAGCCCUCAGCAGCAGCAGAAGCUGUAUGAUGAUCUCAUGGUGAUCCUGGGAGAUAUUCAGUGGACCGACCUGGCUCAGUUAACCGUUCUGGUGAUGGGCAACUCCAUGCUGAAGCAGCAGGCCACGGCGGCUCUUAUCGGGUACAUCUCUAAGGAGCUCCAGGCUGAGGUGCACUAUGUGGAUUAGUGUCCAUCCAAAAACUGAAUGGGCUGACCCAAAGGCUUACAGGCUCAGAGGAAUGGUACCAUGAAGAAAAAAUAUGAACUGUAAAAAAAUACAGCAGUGCCAACACAAUCAUCAUUUAUCAGUAAUAAGCCAGUUAGCAUUUUGUUAUAAAACUGUGCUGUAUGUUUUGGGACAAAAAAAAAAAAAAAUCCAGAUUUUUUACUUGAAGGAAUUAUUUAUUAUGCCUUUGCCUGCACUGAAGAGCCAGAAGAGACCAGUCUGGCUUUAAAUGUAACGGGGAAAUUAUGGCCUGACAGACAUGAUGAUGGGAAACAUCACUAUGUACCCAUGUGUUUAGUUAAUAGUUUUUCUAAAUCAUGGAGUUAAUCAUGAAAAUGCUCAUAAUAUCAAGAAUAUGGGUCAAGUGCAUCUCAAUAUGUCACAAUAUUAUUGAAAGGCAUAUGGAUUGCUGUUGCAAAAGUAAUUAACAUUCACUACAAAGUACACUCAGGGUGAUAUAUUUCAAGUGUUUUCAGUUGUUUUUUUGAUUAUGGAUGAAAUUUAAUUUCUGAGGAAAUUAGAACAAAAAAAAUAGGAUAGGUUUAAAAUAAUUUUUAAUACAGAAAUGAUGUGGACUCGACAGCUGUCCUUCAGACAGCCACCGACACCCUUCACAAGGCUGGUAGCCAACAAAAUGUUUCUUAAAGAAACUGAGAAUUUGGAUUGCUAGUUCUACUUAAAUUAAUUCAAAAUUAAAUGGAAGGCAAAGGCAACGUUGAUAAAGGCACAAGCAACAGAGAUUAGUAGAACUUUAAUAAGAUUGUAAAGCCAUUUUGAGAGUUUGGGGCAAUUUAAAGAACUCCAAACUGGGAGUGGUCACCAGGUGGAGUCGGUAUUUGAAGAGCCACUAAAUACAGACGUACCCAGGGUGUGUAGUACAAGAAAAACUUCUGCUUUAACACAAGGAAAAAUAUCCUUUUCUCGAAUAUUGUUUUCCUUGUGUUAAACUCCUGCUUAAGAAACACCACCAGAAGCAUCUACUGGAUUUUAUCAAGUCUAAGGUCAUUGCAUCCAUCAAAUUUUGGAGCACUUUUUGCUGCCUUCUGCUGACAAGCUUCACAGAUAUGCCGACACUACCAGAAGUACCAAUACCUGGUUUAAUAACCAUGGUGUCACUGAGUUUAAUGGUCAAAAGGAUUGGUUGAUCUAAAGACAUGGACAGACCUGUAGAGUUUUAUGACGAGGUAGAUGAGACGACAGCAGUGAUUCAUGCAAAAAGAGCCGUGGCGUCACUUUCUGAGACAUUAAAGUUUGGUUUUCAUUGCUAUAAGCCAUUAAUCAUGUAAAUAACAAACAUCCUUGAAAUAUAUCACUGUGUAAUGAAUUCGAUUGCCUUAAUUGAAGUAAUGAAGUCACUACUUAAUAUUUAUUAAUGAACUAAUAUGAAAUGUGAAUGACUAGCACUACCUAAUGGCCUUGCCUGUUAAUAAAUGAGUGUUUUCAAAAAA